AUGCCAGACAUCAGUGCGCCGCCGCCGCCACGGCCGAAGCUGAAGCUCAGCGUGAAUUCGCGACAGACAUCAUUCAGCGAACAGAACGGCGCGACACCUACAGCUUCGACACCUUCUGGGAUGAAGAUUAAACUCAAAUCAUCACAACCGCCAACGCCGGCUGGGCCGGCAGCACCAACACCAAUCAAGACAAAAGCUGGGCGUCAAUCGAAGCCCACGAGCAAGCUCAUCGAGUCGAAGAAGAGGGAACAAGACGAAGAUGACGACGGCGCAAACCAACCGUCUUCGAAAAAGAUCAAGCUUCUCAAGACGCCGAACGUAUCGACACCUAGAUCGGGUCACAUCGUUGUCAAGUCGAAAGGCAAACCACCAGUACAUCCCCCUGGUGAUGGCUACGACUCGGAAGCCAGCGACCAAGAGAAGGACCCUACAAUCGAGGAGCAGUUCAUUUUGCGCAUGAUGCCAGGAGAGCAUUGCGAAUACGUCAGGAAGUGCGUCGAAGAAGGCAAGGUGGGCCUCACUCGAAAAGAUGGUGGCGCGGAUAUAAUGAUGAAGUUUUUCGACGACGAAAGCCGGCGCGCGGUCGUUGUCGUCAAAAACCAACCGUACGCAGCGGUCAUGGUUGAGCUACCGACAAUCACGGAAGGAAUGAAGUCCUGGGACCGGAAGACGCUCAUGAAGUCAGCCGACAUCUGCCAUAUGCUGCUGGUCUUCCAGCCUGUAAAGAGUGACGAAGAGGCAAAGAAGGCACCAUUGCCUGCGAUGAUUCAGCCAGGCUUCAAGUGGCCUCACGGACUGACGCCACCGAUGCACGACGCAACGAAUCAAAGAUUCGCAAAAAUCAUCAGUCGCUCUGAGAUCGAAUUGAAGGAGAACGAGGUUAAGAAACUCUUGCAGGCCGAUGCGGCCGCUAUGUCCUCCAAAUAUGAGUUCAUCGACGACAGAAAGAUGCAGUCUGGCGACGAGUACUCCGACGACGAACAGGAUGCCGAUGGCGAGGCCGAUGACAGCGGCUACUUCCCCUCUGAGGGCUAUGCCAACGGCGAACUAUUUGACGACGAUGAUCAUGAUUUGGAGGCAGAGCUCGAGGCUGCUUUCGAAGAGGAGUUGAACCAGGCCACGACUGAGGUUGGCACACCAGCAACACAAGUUGAGGGGGCCACGCCGAUGACUAUGAACGCCGGCACACCGGCAGCCAACGCACGUGAUGGGGAUGAGUCCGUCGCUAGUGAAGAGGACGAAGAUGACGACGACGACGACGAUGACGACGAUGACGACGAGGACAAGCCGCCUCAGGACGAAAUCAAGGCCGUCAGAGAAGAUAUCGUGAAUCUCAAGGCAGAGAUUGCAAAAAAGGAGCAGGAGAAGGCUCUCCAACAAAACAAGAUUCUGCGGAAGCGUGUGGAGGACAGGUUGAAGCAGCUGAGGGCAGAAUUGGCGCUCAAGCAAACGUCUAUCAACGAAGAAGAGGAGGACGACGAUUAA